AUGGAGAGGUUGGGUCAUAGAAACCCUGAACCAGAUCUUGUCAUCUACAACUUCCUCCAGUCAUGGGCGCCGAAAGUCGUAUCGCUGUUUAACAUCCCUAUGAUUUUGUUCUCAACUUUUGGUUUCCAUGACCUGCUCCAUGCCACCUCCAAUGGAGUUAAAGACGUAGACCGUUUCUUAUCUACCUUGAACCAAUCCUCUGGCAUCGUCUUGAUCAAAUCCUCCACAGAGAUAGAGCAAAAAUACCUGGAUUACAUCUUCUUCUUAGCCAAGAAGAAGAUCCAAGCAGUCGGCCCACUAGUUCAAGAACGCUCAUUGGUUCAAGAACCUUUAAUCUCCUCCUCACAAGGAGAUUCAGAUGUAGAGAUCAUGGAAUGGCUUGGGAAAAAGCCCGAGCUCUCAACCGUGUUUGUUUCCUUCGGGAGCAAGUAUUUCUUGUCGAGAGAAGAAAUAGAAGAGAUAGCUAACGGGCUGGAGCUAAACUUAGUGAACUUUAUAUGGGUGGUGAGGUUCGCAUCAGGAGAGAAGACUGGGGUCUUAGAGGCCUUGCCAAAAAGUUGUGAGGGUAGAGGAGAGAGGGGAGAUCGUUCAAGGCUGGGCACUGCAGACGAGGAUUACUUAAGUGAAUGGUGA